AACACGGCUGCUUUUGACGCCGUCGGGCACAUACACACACACGCACAUACAGCACACACUGCACACACUGCACACACACCCACACCCACAGCCCAGCCCAGCCACACGCAGCGUGUAGUGUACGCGCAGCAAUCUCAAACCGUGUCAGCUCUGGGGGCUGCUGUCGGCAUGCCGAUGCACUGCGCACUGCGCACUGCGCACUGCGCCAUGCCCUCGCCCUUGCCCUCAGCUGGCAGUUCCGGUUCAUCCCGAGAAUAG